CGAUCCUUGCUCUACGCCGCAGCGGCAGCGUACGACGCGCCAGCUGGCGACUGCCGUAGACAGGCUCCGCGUCAGCAUGGCGUCCGUGGCCCGGAUCGUUCGCAGGGUGGACGAAUGGCUGCGCUGCGCCGUGCUGGUCAACUUCGUCAUCUCGGCGCUCGUGGUGUGCAUCAUGGCGUACGCCGCGGUCAGUACGCACAUCAGCGCACACAAGCUGUUGGCCACGGCAGCGUACUCGACCCUGACGUGCCUCUUGAUCGCCGAUGCCUCCCUGUCAGCCGGCGACAUUAAAGCGCAGGCGCUGAAGCUCAAGUCCGUGCUCGACUCGGCAUCCCUGAUCGGCCUUCCUUCCACGGUUACCUGCCAGGUGGAGAUUUUCAGCAUGACCAUCGACGAGAAGCAGCUCUGCUUCACUGGCCACGGUUUCCUCACUGUAGACAGGCCUAUGCUCACCACGUUCAUUGGCCUGGUGAUGACGUACUCGCUCAUCGUAGUCCAGACCGGCCGCAGGUCUGAGACACCCAAAUGUCAGCAUUAGACGGGCCAUCCAGCAGG